AUGUUCUUCUCUGGGAGGCAGUACAGUCAUGCUGGUAAACCUGAAGAACUUUUACUGGCAUUCAAGAUUUUCCUUGUCAUCAUUUGUCUUCAUGUUGUCCUGGUUACAUCCGUGGAAGAAAAUGCUAAUUCCAGUUUGCCAUCGCCAUCUGCUGAAUCACCUCGGAUCAGGUUUAUCCCCAUCUCCAAUGAGGUUGAAACCACAAGUCUCAAUGAUGCCACUUCCAGUAUAUUAACCACUUUAAACAAAACAGACAAAGCUAAAAUCACUAUAGUAAAAACCUUCAAUACAUCAGCAUUGGUGUGGAACAAUACAGAAAUCUACAUGUCAGGAGUCAAACCCCAGAGGGAUCUCUACAAUCUGUCAUCAAUUUGCAACAAUUCAGCAAUUUUUAGAGGUGAGAUAAUGUUUCAAUAUCCCGAAGAAAGCAAUGCUACUCAGAACCAAGAAAUGGCAAACGGCACCUUAAGUGGAGUCCUGUCUCUGAGUGAAUUGAAGCGAUCAGAACUCAACAAAACCCUGCAAACCCUAAGUGAGACAUAUUUUAUAGUGUGUGCUACAGCGGAGGCCCAAAGCACAUUAAACUGCACAUUCACAAUAAAGCUGAAUGAGACUCUGGAUGUAUGUGAUGUCAUGAUAGCUUUAAAAGGCGUAAAGAUGCGACAGAUGGAACAGUGCUGUUGUUCUACCAGAACCCUCUGCCCCUCAUCCCCGGAAGAGUUAGAAAAACUACAGUGUGAUCUGCAGGAGCCCAUCCUGUGUGUGGAUGGCCCUCCGUUUUCUUCGGCCAGCAAACCUCUCCCAGUUGCUCCUCAGACCACAAUUCUCUCCCAGGUGGCCCAUGCCUUGUCUUUUGCUCAGCCUUUAGAUCAUCCAGCCAUGCCCCAGAACGCCCCUUUGCCCACCAGAGAAAUUCACCUUCUCUCUCAUCAGCCCUCAGCGACAAUAGCUCCCAUUUCUACUAAUGCCAUGAGACCCCACACUGACGCCAUCUCCUCCUCGAAAACCCAGCCCAGCCUUCCUUCCACUCCUCAGCCUGUGAGAUCCUCACUUGCUGCUGCGACCACAGCUGCUCCUCAGAAUGAUAUCACAACCAGCUCAGCCUUUAAGACAGACAUUCUCACCAUCAGCAACUUCCAGGCCACAGAACUUGAGAAACAGGUGUGCCAGAUGGAGAAGAUUUUGUCCUUCGGCAGCUUGGCACCUAACCUCGCGGGAGAAAUGGUCACCCAAGUCAGCAACCUCCUUCACUCCCCACAGGCCUUGCUGGCCCCUCUGGCUCAAAGAUUGCUGAAAGUGGUGGCUGACAUUGGCUUACAACUGAAUUUUUCAAGCAAGACCAUAAGUUUCACCUCCCCUUCUUUGGCUCUGGCCGUGAUGAACGUGAAUGCCAGUAAUUUCAACGCAACUACCUUUGCAGCAGAAGACGCUGAAAAUAUUCAGGUUUCUCUGGAAAGGCCGCAUCCUGAGAGCAGCGUUGGCAUGAUCUCUCUCCCCUCCUCGCUGCUGUGCAAUUUGCCACAGGAUGAUGUGGCGCUGGCUUCCAGAGUUCAGUUCAACUUCUUCAAAACGCCUGCCCUAUUUCAGGACCCUGACCUUCAGAACCUCUCUCUGAUCAGCCACAUCAUAUCCUCAAGUGUUGCUAACCUGACUGUCACAAACUUGACAAGGAACGUGACCGUUGCAUUAAAGCACAUCACCCCGAAUAAGAAAGAUUUGCCAGUGAUCUGUGUAUUCUGGGACGUGAGCCGAAAUGGUGGCAAAGGAGGCUGGUCACCCAAUGGCUGCUCUGUCCAAGUGAAGACCCUGAACGAAACCAUCUGUACCUGCAACCACCUUACAAGCUUUGGCGUCCUAUUGGACCUAUCGCGACUAUCCUUACAACCGGCUCAGAUGAUGGCUCUGACGUUUAUCACCUAUAUCGGUUGUGGGCUUUCGUCCAUUUUUCUGUCCGUUACUCUUGUGACAUACAUAGCCUUUGAAAAGAUCCGGAGGGAUUACCCUUCCAAAAUUCUCAUCCAGCUGUGCGCUGCUUUGCUCCUACUGAACCUGGUGUUCCUGCUGGACUCAUGGGUUGCGCUGUACAGCAGGCGCAACCUCUGCAUCUCGGUGGCUGUGUUCCUUCAUUAUUUCCUCUUGGUCUCGUUCACAUGGAUGGGUCUGGAAGCUUUCCACAUGUACCUGGCCCUUGUCAAAGUGUUUAAUACUUAUAUCCGAAAAUACAUCCUUAAAUUCUGCGUCAUUGGCUGGGGACUUCCGGCUGUGAUUGUGGCUAUUGUCUUGGUGAUAUCCCCAGAUAACUAUGGGCUUGGAUCCUAUGGGAAGUUCCCCAAUGGCUCACCUGAUGACUUUUGCUGGAUCAACAACCAUACAGUCUUCUACAUUACCGUUGUGGGAUACUUCUGUGUGGUAUUUCUGCUCAACAUCAGCAUGUUCAUUGUGGUCCUGGUCCAGCUCUGUCGAAUUAAAAAGAAGAAGCAACUGGGGGCCCAGCGGAAAACCAGUAUUCAAGACCUCAGGAGUGUAGCCGGCCUUACGUUUUUGCUGGGAAUUACUUGGGGUUUUGCCUUCUUUGCCUGGGGACCCGUUAACAUCACGUUCAUGUACCUCUUUUCCAUCUUUAAUACCUUACAAGGAUUUUUCAUAUUCAUCUUUUACUGCGUAGCGAAAGAGAAUGUCCGGAAACAGUGGAGGCGCUAUCUUUGUUGUGGAAAGCUGCGGCUGGCUGAAAAUUCUGACUGGAGUAAAACUGCUACUAAUGGUUUAAAGAAGCAGACUGUAAACCAAGGAGUGUCCAGUUCUUCAAAUUCCUUACAGUCAAACAGUAACUCCACUAACUCCACCACACUGCUAGUGAAUAAUGAUUGCUCAGUGCACGUAGACGGGAAUGGGAAUGCUUCUACGGAGAAGAACGGUGUUUCUUUCAGUGUUCAGAAUGGAGACGUGUGCCUUCAUGAUUUCUCUGCGAAACAGCACGUGCUUAAUGAGAAAGAAGACCUGUGCAAUGGGAAAAACCGUAUCGCUCUCAGAAGGACUUCAAAGCGGGGAAGCUUACAUUUUAUUGAACAAAUGUGAUCCCUCUUUCUAAAAUCAAAGCAUGAUUCUUGACCAUGUGGAAAUGACCAUUUUUACCUUGUACGCAAUGUGAGCUGUAGAAAAACCACCUUCUUUUAUACUCAACAACCUUGGGAAGCGCAUAUGUUCAUUGAGGGUAGUUGUCGCUGUGGGAAGACAUUACAUUGGCAAUGUGGGUCCUUAUCCUUUGUUUUAAACAACACACCAAGAAUAAGAUGCAUGUAGGGAACAAAGUAGGUAAUUGCCAGACACAUGUGCCAGAGGCUGAGUUAUCUCUGAAAGCAUCCUAGAAGCCACCUGUGACUUCAGCCUAUUGGUGAGUUUAGUUGUGCACGCUCUUGUUGUAUUAUGAACUCAAGUCUAGUGACCUACGUGUCCAAAAAACAUCUUCUCCCUUAAAAAAUAUUUAUUUUCUACUGGGUAAAUUUAUUCUUGUAUAGAAUUGUGGUUGUAUUAUUUUGUUUAAUGUGAGAAUUCGGAGAAAUUUUCCUGGUUCAGUGAAUUCUAAAACCCCAUAGGGAGAUAACAUGGGAUGUGAAAUACAGAAACUUCACUGACUUUUAUUCAAAAGAACAUUGCUUGCCAGACUGAACCAGGUCAACAGACAGUGCCCCAAUUGGCCCUACGCUGAGUGCUUUCGGAUAGUUAGAAAAGAUACCCCUAGUGCGUGGACACAGUCCCCAAGGCUGGAGGCUUGCCAAACAGUGGGGCUGGAUUUGAGCCCACUGACCCCUUGGGUGUGUAUCCUGGUGCAGGGUACAACUGUGUAUACCACCCAAUAUUAGUAUCCAGUCCCGACUGCAUCCCUUAUUACCCUAUUAGGGAUUUUUGUGCCACAAAUUGGCGGGGCAAUCUAGCCCCUAUGUCAGGAAAAUUGUGACAGUGGACGAGAUACAUACACUGCCACUUCUGAAAUUCUCAGUCUCCCAGAAGAUGGUAAAAGAGGAAAGUGACUUUUGAAAAGAGAUGCAUAUUAGGGGGGAAAUUGUCUCGCUGUUCUUUAAGAGUAAGGCAACUGCAUGAGACUUUGUUCGUGGUUAGGCCUGCCACAUUUUGGCCUAACCAGAGCUAUAAUUAUUUUGUCCCAAACAUGUCAAGUUCGGAAGAGUGUAAGGACCAGAGAGAACAGCUGCCGGGGACAGUGAACUCUCCUACAAUGCUGUAGUUUCUAUUUGUAUCCCACCCUGGUUGCUUCUAGUGACAUAGGAUCUGUCUCUGAGCACUGCCUCAGUGCAUCCUUCUUAGGGACAUUUCCAAACCCUUUAGGUCUUUCACUAAGGUUUUCAUGCAUAUACUUCAAAUGAAUGUUGUAGCCCCAACUAAUCAUAAUCAUAACGGACUACAUGUCUGUGAGUGCUGAUUUACCUUUGCAAUCUUUCCCUGAGAUUUAUUUAAUUGUAUUUAUAUGUUAAAAUUACCCCCAAAUGUUAAAAUCGACCGAAAAAUGUUUAAAAAAAAAAACUUAACAAAAAAAUGGUAAAAAACAAAAAAAUCUUAACCAAAAAAUGUUAAAAAUCAACAAAUAUCUUAACAUUGAUAAAAAAUGUUACAAUCAACCAAAUAAAUUUGUAGUUGAGUACAUUUCA